CAAUUUUGUUGAAUUGAAUGCGUCCAUAAAAAUAUAAAUACAUAUUUUACAUCUGACAACAUCGAGGAUCCUCCAUCUUUUUUGUCACGAUGCCUCCCAAGAAGCAGCCCGAGAAAUCCGCAUCGGGAUCCACUGGAUCCAAAACCGCAGAAAAGAAGCCUGCGACGUCUAAGACGCCUGCACCGGCUCCUAAAGCUGCUUCUACUACUACUGCUGCGCCAAAACCGGCGACUGCCAAGACACCAGCACCCGCGCCGAAGGCUGCUACACCCAAAGCCGCGGCGACCAAGUCUGUGCCCGCAGCUCCCAAACCCGCGGCUGCCAAACCCGCCGCCGCUGCACCCAAAGCCGCUGAAAAGAAGUCUGCAUCAGUGCCUACAGCGAAGCCUGGGUCUGCAAAAGCUGCUGCCCUUAAAACGAAGUCCAGUGCAAAACCCUCAGAGAAGAAGAAGGCAGCGACUACCGCGAAGCCUGCUAAGCCAAAACCUGUGGCCUCUAAGCUUAAAAUUGCCCCUAAACCUAAGAAGACUGGUAUCAAGGGACAGAAGAAACAGGUUGCUAAGCCUGUAACCAAGGCUCUUAAGGCUCAGAAGAAGGUUGUAAAGGGUGAACAUGGCAAGCGAGUCAGGCAAAUCCGCACCUCUGUGCAUUUCCGCAGGCCCAAGACCUUUGAGCCUCCUAGGCAACCCAAAUACCCUAGGAAGUCUCUGCCUAAGAGAAACCGUAUGGAUGCAUACAACAUCAUCAAGUAUCCAUUGACCUCUGAAGCAGCAAUGAAGAAAAUUGAAGACAACAACACAUUGGUAUUCAUUGUACAUACCAGCUCCAACAAGCACCACAUCAAGGCUGCUGUUAAGAAGCUCUAUGACAUCAAUGUAGCUAAAGUUAACACCCUGAUCAGGCCUGACGGCAAGAAGAAGGCGUACGUCCGGCUGGCAAGGGACUACGACGCUUUAGAUGUUGCCAACAAGAUCGGCAUCAUAUAAGCGUAAUAGUGUUUAUUUUAUAAGAAUAAAACCCGAAAAAAUGUG